AUGAUAUCUUUGGGCUUGUCAACCGUUCGGGGAGAGUUUGCCGCACUCGAGCGCCCGUUACGUCUACCCAAUGAUACAUAUCCCCUAAGCUACCAGAUACAUAUCAGCAGUGACAUACACCUGGGUGAUUUACGCUUCAACGGAAAUGCCACUAUAGACAUAGAGAUUAGGCAGACUACGCAUGAAAUUGUGCUCCAUGCCAAAGAACUGAAAGAUCUGCAAAUAUCUGUGCGCGCGCGUGACUCCAACGAACCAAUCUCGGAUCUUUUGCACACCUACGAUCCUCGCGGCAGUUUUCUCAUCAUAUAUUCGCCUGAAAACUAUCAGAAAUUUAAAGAGGGGGAACGGUAUAUAGUGGAGAUAAUUUAUAGAGCAGAUAUGCAAAAGCGUAACAUUGGUCUAUAUUGGAUGACUUAUGAGACCGAAUCGAAUCAGACUGUCUAUGCUGCCGCCACUCAAGCCGAGCCGACAUACACACGACUGAUCUUCCCCUGCUACGAUGAGCCGGCGUUUAAGUCCAACUUUACCAUAAAGGUGACACACAGUGCCAAUUACACGGCCAUAUCUAAUAUGCCUGUACACCAUGUGCAACAGCACGGCAUUUCUGAUGAACUUGCAACUACCAUAUUUUACGCAACGCCACCCAUGUCCACGUAUUUGGUGGCAUUCGUCAUUUCCGAUUUUGAGAAUAUUACUGCGAAAUAUCGCGGUGUGACGCAACGCAUUUAUACCUCGCCAGCAACGAGGGAAAAGGGGGAGCGGGCAUUGAAGAACGCAGUCCGAACUGUAGCAGCUUUUGAAGAUUACUUUGGGAUUAGUUAUCCGCUGGAGAAAUUGGAUCAUGUCGCAUUAAUGAAAAACUAUGGCGCUGCUAUGGAGAAUUGGGGUCUCAUCACGUAUAAAGAGGAUAAUAUAAUACAAGACCAUCCGACCGAUAUUUAUAAAAGCCUUAAGGACACAUUAACGCAGAAUCAUGAGAUUGCACACCAGUGGUUCGGCAAUUUGGUAUCUCCCCAAUGGUGGACGUAUGCUUGGAUGAACGAGGGCUUUGCCACAUACUUUGGCUAUCUCAUCACCGAUUUGCUUUAUCCCGAGCAAAAGGUGAUGGAAUUCUUUAUAACGGAAAUUGCCGAGCGUGCUUAUACCUAUAACUACCUAGCCGUUCGUCCUAUGACGCACUAUGUAGAAAAGGAGUCCGACAUUAUGUCAUUGUUCGACAUCAUCACGUACCAACGUGCCGCGUGUGUCAUUAAGAUGUUUCACCAUGCUUUCCAUCAGAAAACUUUUGUACGCGGCAUAAGUCACUAUCUUCAGAAAUUCCAGUACACAGUGGCUAACGAGAUGAAGCUGUUUGACUCACUCCAGACGGUGUUACUUGAAGAUGAGCGCUUUCGGGAGCAAUCCUGGGUGCAUUCAGUACCAGAGAUCCUACUCUCAUGGACGCAUAGCGAAUGGAUACCAAUAUUGUCAGUGACGCGCAACUACGAGAAUGGCACCAUCACGUUCAGUCAGCAUUCGAAGCAUUCCAAGCGCGAACGCUGGUGGAUACCCCUCAAUUUUGCCACCUUGCAGAGUCCAGACUUCGAGCAAACACAUGUCGACUACUUCAUGCCGCCUCAGUCGCACCUUACGCUUACCCUGGAGGAGCUGGGUCUUCAGCUAGACGGCCGCGAUUGGCUGAUUGUUAAUAAGCAGCAGACGGGCUUCUAUCAUGUGCUUUAUGACGUCGACAACUUGCGUGCCAUUGCUAGCCAGCUUCAGCAGAAUCACACGCUUAUACAUGCUGGCAAUCGAGCGGCGAUCUUUCAGGACCUCACAUCGGCGAUCGAGCACAAUGAGAUCGAAUCGGUAGAGGUGGUAUUCGAGUUGCUCAAGUAUUUGGAAUUUGAAGAGGAUCUGACUCCCUGGAAUCUAGUUGCUGACACCAUCGAAUUCUUUAGACGAAACCUAUUCGAUAGCUCGGCAUUUCCAUUGUACAAGCUCUUUGUGCGGCGCUUAGUCUCGCCAACGUUUCACAGACGCUUCCAUAAUUCUGACCCCCGUAAUACCAUAACAGCUGCUGCACUGAUCGACCACAAGAUACUUGAAAUGGCGUGCAUGGCGGACUUGCAAGAGUGUCUCGACUUUACGCACAAUUUGGCACGCGACUACAUGUUCAAGAGGAUUCAGUUCCAAAACGAUCAUGAUUUCAACGCCAUGUACGAUACAGUUCUCUGCCUCGGCGUAAGAUACCUAAGCGAUGAGGAGUUCGGCCAGGUGCUGCAGUUACUGCAGAGUUCCGAUCGUAAUUCUGUAUACUAUGAUGAUUUGAUCUAUUCGCUGCGCUGCACACAAAAUCGCGAGCACUUGUUCCAGUACCUGAACAUAUUGUUGGGCGAGAAUACGACGCAUCAUAUCAUGAACAAUAAGGAAUCAAUGAUGUAUCUCUAUUAUCUGUUUAAAUCAAAUAUGGCUGCCCGUCCUGUGGUCUGGAAUUUUUUCGAACAACACUACAAAUUGCUCUGUCAAUCACAAUUUUUUGUUGAUCACUUCAAUCGCAUUGCCGAGUACAUGCCUCAACAUCAAAGGGCAUACCUCAUUAGCUUACAUGAAAGUAUAGCCAAGGAACUGAAAUUGGUUAAUCCCGAUGCGUUAGAAUUAUUAAUCGACAUCAACUCAGGCAAUGUAGGCAAAAAAAUUAGGAAUACUGAACAGUUUUUGGACAAGUUCGAGCUGAGAAUACACAAAUGGCUGGUUAAUGACAAUCCCACGGGCGUUUUUUCAGCAUCGCUUAACGUGGUCAGUGGUUCAGCUCGGCCGGAUAGUCUGUGGCGCACAGCCACCCAAUUGAUGAGUAGAGCAUUACACGUGCGGUUAUAGCAGGACAUUUUUAGUUUUGCCCAUCCUAAGCCAUUCUAAGCUUUAAGUUUAAGUUAAUAAAAUAAAUUAGAUUGGAAAAUGUUGAAA